UUUUGCUAGAGAAAGAAACUCUAUGUUUGAUUUCUUCCUUAGGAGCUCCGGUCUCCUCUUCCCUUGCCAGCUGCAUCAGUACGGUGGGGGGACUUCUAGCUACCAGAAAUAUGUGGAUUUCACCAUUUCGUCUAUGGGAGAAUGAGUUGUAAACAAUGUUUUUGGCCUUGGUUUUUGUCUUACAAAUUUGGGUCUUAGUGAAAGGGCGCUUACAUGAAAGAUAUAGUGCUAAAUAUUUUCUGUUACUGAGGCUUUGCUUGGCCAUGGGUUGUAGAUGGUGAGGGUGUCUUUGAACUGCUGGGUUAUGGAGCUUCAAUCGCCGAUACUGAGGAAGAGAGAUCCCAAAGGAUUAAUUGCUGGCAACCUGUCCUCUGAUCGUUGCCUCCCCCUCUAGCUAAAAGAGAAUGAGAAGCCACAAUGGAGGCUCUAGCAAUGUGCUUUAGAUUCGUCUCCCUCUCGGUGAUGGAUGUCAGGUGAGAGGGGCUUUAACCAUCCUUUUUCGGAUCUCUGGUUUCAAACCCACAACUCAUCGCAGCUAGGAUUCCUCUAAUGGGUCUUCACAUGUGGGCUGGGAUAGGUUUUAUUAGGCUCUAUGUGUUAUGGCCAUGGGCUUCCCUAGGUUGGACUUUAAGGCCCCAGCUGUCAUGGCCUUAGGAAUUCUCUAGGCUUGAAGCCCCUUGAAUUAAUGAAUUAUGAUGCACAUGGCAAAGGUCCAUAGAGUAAUUUCGCACGGGGUAAAAUUUUCCCGCCCAAUAUCAACAUGCUUUUAUCAUACCUUGAGGCCUUCUGUGCAAUUUUCAACUCCCUUCUUCUUCACUAGCUGCACAGAGGGAUAAUUGUGGUGCUCGAUGUCUAAGAAGCGGGGUCUUUCACUGGAGGAGAAACGUGAGAAGAUUCUUCAGAUAUUUUACGAGUCACAGAACUUCUUCCUUCUCAAGGAGCUUGAGAAGUUGGGUCCCAAGAAAGGUGUAAUUAGCCAGUCUGUGAAAGAUGUUGUCCAGAGUUUAGUUGAUGAUGAUCUUGUUUCAAAAGACAAAAUAGGAACUUCUGUAUACUUCUGGAGUCUUCCUAGUUGUGCUGGAAAUCAGUCGAGGAAUGUUUAUCACAAACUUGAAUCCGAUCUGCAAAGCGGAAGGAAGCGGCAUGCAGAACUUGUUGAUCAGUGUGGUGCAUUAAAGAAGGGACGUGAGGAAUCUGAAGAACGGGAGGAUGCAUUGGCUGAGCUAAAAGCCAUUGAACUAAAGCAUAAUGAGCUGAAGGAGGAGAUGGGUCAAUAUGCAGAUAAUGAUCCUGCUGCCUUUGAAGCAAUGAAGAAAGCUAUUGGAAUCGCCCAUGCAGCAGCAAACAGAUGGACAGACAACAUCUUUACAUUGCGACAAUGGUGUUCAAACAACUUCCCUCAGGCUAAAGAGCAGCUUGAAAGCAUGUACAAGGAGAUAGGAAUAACAGAUGAUUUUGACUAUCUGGAGCCUUUACAAGUUCCACUUGGCUCAGUUGGUGAUCAGAUACUGGAAGGCAAUCCUUAGGCGAUACAAUUUGGCAUAUUCCUUGUCAGAAAUACAGUUUCACAAGUUGUGUGGAAACCAAAUAUCGACUCCAUUACUCCUACUUUGAGUAAAGCCACUUACUGAGUUUGAUAAUAUAAUAUGCACCUAACAUAAGCCGCACCGCUCGCUGAUUUGGCUUAUGGCGUUGUUCCAGGGGACCCUCUUGAGCAUUA